UUGUUUUGCAGCAAAGCAACCCUCUGCCAUUUACUGUCACGCAUUAAUGCAACCGUGUUCGACGCCGCCAUUUAUAUUUUCGUUUCGGGAUUUCGUGUCAAAUUUUUGAUUGGAAAAAAUAAACGCGAUCUAAUAUAAAGAAAUUGUUGCAGAGGAGGUUUGCAAAGCAAUCUCAUAUUGUGAAGUGCAACAAAUACGUGUAGUGUGGUUUUGUUAAAGUGAAAAUAUCAAAAUAAGUGAAAAUAUGGCAAAUGUGCGGGACAGCGACACUUCAUUGUGGCUGCAUAACAAACUCGGCACUUCGAACGAUUCGUGGAUAAGUGGGUCGAUAUGCUCACAACUUAACAAGGAAGUGCUGCGCAACAUAAAGGAGUGUUUUCCGGAUUUGCAGACUCAAGUGAAACUGAAAUUAUUGCUAAGUUUUUUCCAUAUACCACGACGAUUGGUAGAAGAGUGGAAAGUUGAAUUGGAGGAAGUAAUUGAAGCGGCAGGCUUGGACUCGGAGCUGUGGGUCUCAAUGUUGGCGGAAACUAUGAAAACUUUUCCAUCGUCUAGCUCGCUAAAUACAGAAAUCACAGAAUAUGAAGAUACAAGACCUAUAUUCACCGAUAUGGUUAAUGACUUACGCAAAUUAGUCAGUAAGCACUGCGAUCUAGGCAUGCUUCCAUUAGAAUGUUUAUAUUUAAACAAAAAUGCCUUGGUGUCAGUGGUCGGACAGCAACCGAAUCCUGUGAAGCAUUUCACCAUUAAACGCAAACCCAAGAGUGCCAAUUUACGUACUGAACUGCUUCAUAAAUCAGCCGACGCACAAUCUUCCUUAAAGAAAUCUUCUGCACCAACAAUACCAUUGCGUUCACGUGGUAUGCCACGUAAAAUGACGGACACCACACCGCUAAAAGGUAUACCGUCGCGAGUGCCUUCUUUAGGUUUUCGUACACCUAAUGUAGCUGGUACACCACAACGUCCAAACCUAAGUCGCACGCCAGCGGGACGCAAGGACGGUGGCAUAAAAUUGAUUGAGCUUUCGGAGCAGCCCUUGGGUUAUGCCGCUGCGAAGAAACGUAAACGCGAACAACAGUUGGAAGAACAACAGAAGAAACAAGAACAAAAACAAAUUGCGACGGCAGCUGCAGCAGAGAACGCAUCACCAUUACCAACAUCACCAACACAGACAAGUGGCUCUAACAAUGCUGUAGGUGUCCCCAGCACACCUACGACUACAACAGCGGUCGAAAUCAAAACAGAGGCAGGUGCCAGUAUAAAUCAAAACAGUACUAACGAUGAUAUGUUAACCGAUAGUAAAGACAAUGUAUUGACCACUAAAAUUGAGCCAUCGACACCAGAAUAUGCGCAAUCUUUGAGCUACACGCAACCAACAUCGCCCAAAGUGUUGGAGACUAAACCUCAAAUAAAAUCAAUGGACAUACCAACAACAUGCGUAGCCAAUUCGAUUUUGACAAACACAGCCACUGCCACAAUUGCAACGACAACGAAAGUGAGCAGCAUGUCUACGCAGACGCAAACACAAAUCCGUACACCGACACAGACACAAGUCAACAAUAAUACCAAUAAUUUGAAUCACGCCCAUAAACGUAUUAAGCAAGAGAUUGAAAUAAAGAGUGAAGAGAUUUUAAUGCCACCCAAUAUAAAGGUGGAGAAGAUAGAACCACCAACACAGCCUACGCUGUUGACACAACAACUACCACAGACGCCGUCACGUUUGCAGCAGCGCAUAAUUAUACAACAGCAAAAAACACCACAACAACAGCAGCCACAACAAGCCCAACAACAGACAAUGCAACAGCAGACCACACAGCAUGUGCUCAUACGUGCCGCACCACAACAACAAAAACAAACGAUUAGCGGUUUAACAUUGAGCGGCAGCGGUACAACAGUGACUAGACAAAAAAUCAACACAACCACCACUACAUCGCCAACCAAUGCCAAUACAAUGAUAAAAAUGGAGAAAUUAGAUAUAAAACCAAUAACAACAAAGAGUCCUGUAUCGGCGAACACCACAAUGUCGACGAAUAUAUACACGCAACAGCAGUUGCGUCAGACGAACAAUCCAUUAGCGAAUUUGCCCAAUAAUAUUUCGGUGAAAAUAACAUCGACCAAAUCACCGAAAGCACAGUCAUUACCUCAGCAAAACGCUCAGCAGCAGCAGCAGCAACAACAACAACCUAUACUAAUUAACAGUUCCACACCCGUGAUAAUUUCCUCAACAGCAGCACCAGUUUCGAGAUCGAAACAACUUGUUUCGUCUGGCACGUCGACAACAACAACGGCACAAUCCAUCAAGUCUAUGCCAUUGAGUCAGUUGAAGACUGCCACUAACAGUGGACCUGUUAUUAUAUCGCAGACAAUCAUACAGCCAGCUAAGCGUACGGCUAAUUCGCAAGCGCAGCAGCAACAACAACAACAACAACAUACUCAUAUACAACAACAGCAACAAACGGUUAGUACAUCCACCACACCGACUCAAUACAUUUUGACAACGUCAGCUACACAAGCACAACAACAACAACAACAGCAACAACUACAAACCGCUACAAUGCCGACACUCACCUCAUUCGCUCGGCCAACUCAACAGAACACCACUACUACUCUUUAUCAAACCGCUGCAUCGACUAACACACAAACACCAACGAAGAUUCUCUUGAAGACAUCACCGUCUGGUGUAAUGAUGACACCAGUACGUCAGCAGCAGCAGCAGCAGCAGACAUCGAAUGCAAAUAGUGCAAAUCCACCGCCACUAAUAGCGACUUCAACAACCCAACAGCAGCAACAACAACAACAGCCUACUUUAUUGAAUAUACAAAAUGUACAGUUGCCCAAUCGCCCAGUCACCAUACAGCCGGCAUCUCAAGCAGCCCAACAACAGCAUAUGCAAGCGCAAUUGCAGCAACAACAACCACAACAUACAAUCGUGUCGAAUACGAGCGCAACACAACAACCCAAACUCACGCAAGUACUCGUGCAAUCGACGAAUCCGUCUGGUGUUGGUGGCGCCGUUGGUACCGUUGGUGGCGUUAAUGUGGCCAAUACCAAUGCGAAUAUGAAGAACAAGACGAUCAUAUUGACACAGAAGGGUGUCAUCCUGCGCAAUAUUGGUGGCGACAUGUACCAGCAGAUACCGAUAAGCAACAUGAGCGGCUUGCAGGGAUUGAAUGCAAGCGCCGGCACUACGCUGAUGACAACAAGCGGUGGGCCACCAAGUCUCGUGAAGACUUCACCAACAGCACAAACCAUACAGCUACAGCAACAGGGUGGUAAUCAAGCGAAACAACAACAACACAUACCAACACUAAUACCCACAAAUACGCUGUCAACGCAACACAUGAUCGUGCAGCAGCCGCAACAAACGAACCUCAUAAAUACGCCCACACAACAAACCAUAAUACGCCCGGUUAUAUCGAAUGUGCAAGGCAAUAGUUUGACCACAUUGCCACAAGGACUCACGCUCAUACAGCGCCCGGGUCAACAACCGCAAUUUGUGCAGGUGCAGACCGCCAACAACUCAGCGGCUGGUCAGCAGCAGCAGACGCAAAUACAGCGCACCAUAAUAACGCAACCGGGACAGCAACAACAACAAAUGCGACCACAACAGAUCGUGCUGCAGCACAAGACGCAGCCGCAACAACGCAUCAUUACGACCGCACAGACGGCGAGCGGUCAACCGCAGCAAAUACAAAUACAACAAGGUGCCUCAACGGCCAAUAUGCCGCGCGCCACACACAUCGUACAGGUGACACAGCAAGCGCAACAGCAGCAACAACAACAGCCACAAGCGCAACAGGCACCGCAACGCAAGGGAUUGUCGUUAUCGAACGAGCAUGUACACAAAGCGCACGAAAUGUUCCGCAAAGCGAAUCGCGUUUCACGCCCGGACAAGGCGCUCAUAUUGGGCUUCAUGGCGGGCAUGCGUGAGAAUCCACGUCCCAACUCGGAGAAUGUCAUUGUUAUAAAAUUGGGCGAAACUGAGGAAAAAGUGCAACAAGAAGAUGGCAGCACAGCGCUUUGUUUGGUCGAGUCGCAUAUACGUCUGGAUUACAAUACCGGCGAGUGGAAGACAUUCCAAAAUUAUCGACGUCUCGAUCAAAGUGUACAGGGACAGGGUGUGGAUGGCAACGCUAACGGUGGCACCGGUGGACCGGGUGGCGUUAUGCAAGCACAGAAUUCCGUUGUUAUCUAAAGGGAAUCAAGUGCGUGCUAAAACCACUGGAUGUUGUCGUUGUUGCAACAGCAUUUAGCUCAAUCAACUCAAUCAACGGGAGGAACUGUGCGCAUGCGCUGAGUAACGUAGUGAAAAAUCGCAGCUUGUUCAAAGUUGUUGUUGCGCACGCGUGUGAAAAUGGCAUUGAAGUAGACAGACAGACGAUUGGACGCAAUAGACAGCAACAAAAUCAAACGAAAGUGUGUGAAGCGUGAAAGCAAAACUAAUAACUCUUAAUCGUGUGCAUUUCGUGUGUCGCGCCACAGCUGAGUUGAAGUUGCAAACGUUGCGUACAUAACACUUACUCAGCGCAGCAUUUAUACACGCUUAAAUCGAACCCAAAUCGCUUGCUGGAUGCAAAUUACUGAAUAUUUUGUGAGUGUGAGUUUUUGUGUUGUGCCUGAUGAUUUGUUGUCGAAAUUUCGGCUAAAUUUUAAAACUGUUUUUUUUUUUAUUUAUUUAUACCAGUCUGCAUACAUACAUAUACAUAUACUUAAAAGUAAUGGUAUGUGUAUAAACCACUACAUGAAAAUGCAAUGCAUCUUAAGUAAGCGCUCUCAAGCGUUUGCUGUCCGAUUUGAAAAACAAAACGGCGAAGUCGGCGUAAUUUAAAAUAUCUUUUUUUUCUUCUUCUUAGUGCUAGUUAUUAAUAAAAUAAAAUUUCGUAAAAUAAAAAAAAAAAAAAUUCAGCAAACGGCAAAUAAGUUUAUAUAAUAAGAGUGUAAUGGCACCGAGUGUAAUUUUAGCCAAUAAAUUCGAUAAUUUUUAGUGGGCUUUUUGCAAUGUUUUUCCGUUUUUCCGUUUCGUAAGCAGCUAUCCAGCCAGCCGUUUACUUUCAGACCAAACUGUAUUCUCAAAAAAAAAAAAGUUGGUUUUUGGCAAACAAUUUUUUCAAAUAAAUCAACAUCUAACUAAUUUAAUACGCGCGCCUAAAUAAAUAAUAAAUAACAGUACAUAUAUGUAUAUAUAUAUAUAAUAUAUAUAUACUUAGUUGUACAAAAGGAAAUGUAGUUUAAAUGUUUAAUAACGCGUAACACACAUACUAUCAUUAAGUUAUAUUAUCUAUCAACUACAAGCACUCACUAAACGCCGAUGUAUGUACAUACACAUACACGCAAACGCCUACCGCUAAUUUCCAACAUUCGAGCGCAUAUGCGGCCAAUACAUAUGUACACAUAUGCAAGUGAAAACGCGCGUUAAAAUGUUGCUGCAUAGAGCUGAAUAACUUGUAUUUAAAAUAAAUCAAUAAUUAAUUAAUUAAAUAAUAAUAAUUUUUUAGCAUACAAUACUAUUAUUAUAUAUAUAUAAAUUUGAGAAAGUAAACAAAAAAAAAAAACAAAAAAA